AUUAUCUCCAGAAAUGUGAACUAUUCAGAGGGGCCGAGGCGCGCUGCUACAGGAGCCCACGGGUUCCAUUUUUCCUCGUGGAAUUUCGCGCGUCUGUGGGCAAUCUCCUGAAUAAUUCCAUCAUUUGCCUUCUUAAUUUACACGCAUUCUAUGCGUUGUCCUGGCGAAAUGAACGUCCUUUGAUUUAUUUCAUCAAUGAGGAGGCUGGUACUGGAGGUGUAGCGUCACGGGCGGUGUGUCAUUCCACACAGAUCGCAUGUUGAUCCGGAGCUCCGCUAUCUGCGAGACGUGGCAGAUUAUAUCAUUUUAAGGCCUUGUUUCAAAGGAUGCAGAUGUAACCGUUUUUGUCUGGUGUAAGGAAAAGUGUACUGGAAGCAGGAUGUCCUUCUACGCCGUCAUUAUACCGGUCCUUUAUGUUAUUUUCUCUGCUUGGCAGGUGAGUGCAAAUGAGGACUGCUUGUGGUACGUGGACAAAAAUGGCACCUGGCAUAAUGGCUUUGAUUGCCCGCUCAUAACCUUCUGCUGUGGGAACUGUCACCGCCGUUACUGCUGCCUGGAUGGCUUUAAGAUGAUCACCGAGGCGGGACAGAAGCGCUGCAUGCUGUUCCAUCUUAGCCCUUCCACUAUAGCUGGCAUUGCUUCAUCGAUCCUGCUCUUUGUGGCUGCUAUAGCAACCAUGGUCUGUUGCUUCAUGUGUUCCUGUUGUUACCUGUACCAGCGUCGCCAGCAACGUGGCAGAACUCCUUAUGAAGCCCAGCAUAUUCCAAUGGCCAGCUAUCCUGUGGAGCACAUGUACGAUGCUUCUGGUAAACCCAUUGGACAUCCUGAUUAUCCUGGAUAUCCAAUGGUGCCGCAAUAUCCAGGUGUCCCCCACCAUUAUCCUAUGAUGCCCCAGGCUCCUUAUCCUCCCAAUCCUCCUGACGCAGGAUACAGUCAAGCAGCUCCUCCGCCAUAUUCCCCUCCCCAGUACCCAGGGCACUGAAAGAGCUGAAGUCCCUCAGCGAGGAGAAGGUAACCCAUAGAAUGGGUGAUGAAGAGGGCCCAUGCUUAUGUGGAAUCGCUUGUAUGAGAAACCGUUAAAAAAAUUAUUUAUGUUAGUUAUUUCUUGAUUAAUUUGUGGAGUGAAGCAUGAACUGACCUCAGAAUCGCCUCACGCAUCGGAGUGUUUUUUUGUUUGUACAGCUUUCAUGUGUCACUAAUCAGCGAGACUCCUCCCACUUUAAUCCAGCAACUCACAGACUCAAAAGACUGCUUUAAAUGUGCCAUUAUGUUUUUUCAAACUCUCCGAAAUGGAUUGUUAAAUAUGACUUUCCUGCAGAAGGGACUGACUGCCAGUUCUGACUCAUCCAGGAUGUCGUUCUCUGUUCAACCAAAUAAGAAGAAGCUUG